AUGCACUUUGGAUGUGGAAUAUGCUUCCCAAACAUUCCCCAAGGUGGAUCUGGUGCUACCUUAGGGUGUAGCAUCAGUGGAACCCUGCAAUACACAAAGUCUACAACAAAAUCCACAAGCAAGAUAGAUCACUUAGUGCAUUCUCUCAGGGAUUCCAUGAGGGAUGGAUUCAGCAUCAAGGACUUCACAAAGUUUAACACUGCUUGGGAGAACAAGCACAUAAACAGCUACAUCACCGAUUCUUUGAGCCCCUUCAAUGAGGGCAAGGGCUGGCAUCAAUCAUCUAUCAAGAUCCACCUCCCUGCUAACAAGGUGAAGACUCCCAAAGACCAGGCACCAGAAUUUGAAGUUAAGGGUAUCUGA